AAUUUUAAAAAACAGGUGCUAAUAUCAAAAUUAUUCCGGGGUCGGUUACCCGAACUAUUUCCUCUUCGUUGUCCGCGACCCAUUCGUUCAGCGUUCACUGAUGAGCUCUAGCAUCACCUCCGACAUCAAAACUCAAAAGGUGCUAAUAUCAAAAUUAUUCCGGGGUCGGUUACCCGAACUAUUUCCUCUUCGUUGUCCGCGACCCAUUCGUUCAGCGUUCACUGAUGAGCUCUAGCAUCACCUCCGACAUCAAAACUCAAAAGAUCAUAGAGUCAGGAAUUAUUCACGCGAAUACAAGACCUCUUCAAGACAAGGUUCUAAUAUGAAUACUAUGAUCUGAAGAGAAAUUUCAGUGGGAUCGGUUUUGUUAUGUCUUUCAAGUGAGAGGAAAGACAUAAUAGCAAGAAAUAAUACUUUGCUGUCAUUAUGGCUCCCUCAUUGGACUUGCAGGCAUUUAUAGCUCGUGCUCGUGUCUUGAAGCUCUACCGGCAAGCUCUGCGGACUGCUCGCAGGGCCCCGAUUCAUGCAAGAGAUGAGCUGAGAAAUACAACGAGGCAGGAGAUAGAAAAGAACCGGCACUGUGAUGACAAGCAGAAAGUACGCUUCCUCGUCAGUGAAGGAUAUCAGAGAUUGAAAGAACUCGAUGAGAUGCUCGAUAUGCAGGGUCACAGAUAGAUAUAUGUGGUCCUGAACCGUAGGGUAGUUUUAGUUCUUGUGACCUUAGCGAAAGAUCGAGUGCAGAUUUAUGUUGUAUCAUUCAAAUUUAUUCUUGAAAAAUCUCAGUUUGGAGAUGCAUUAAACCGGUGAUAACCUUGUCGUUGAGGAAUUCUGUAAUUCUGUCAUUUCUUGGCUCGAGGAUUCUUUGAAUUUUUGUUUAGGUUAACGACGUGGUGCAAACGUCUAGCAAUAGAUCAUUUUUGUAUUUUUAAUUGACGUCUAAUGAAUAUUAUCAUUUCUUUA